UAAAACUGCUAUGAAGAAUUGUCACUGGAAAGGACUAAUAAAAUUAAAUCUAGACACAAUAAAAAAAAUGAUUUUUAUUUAGUGAAUAGAGCAUUAAGAAAUUUAUUCAUUGGAUUGGUUGAGGGACAUUGAAGGGCAAAACCUUAGACCAUAUUCGGAAGAGAGAACGCCUAUUUCCUUUUUCUUCACAAUUUCUGUUUCGUUCCCGCUCCAAUUUUGGCGCCAAAAUUUUGCAGGUUUUCUUCACCAGUUUUCACGUGUAUUCGCUUGCUCGGUUAAUCGAGUGUUAGCAGCAGCAAUGCCUGUUGAAUCUCAAGUUAUCAAGCCUAUUGCUAAGGGAAUCGUUCACAGAAUCUGUGCCGGUCAAGUUAUCCUCGACCUCUCCUCCGCUAUUAAAGAACUCGUCGAAAAUAGCUUAGACGCCGGCGCAACCAGCAUCGAAAUCGCUCUUAAAGAUUUCGGUGAAGAAUGGUUUCAGGUCAUCGAUAACGGUUCCGGCAUUUCUCCAAACAGUUUCAAGGUUCUUGCACUCAAGCAUCAUACAUCAAAAUUAUCUGAAUUUCAUGAUCUUCAAUCUCUGACUACUUUUGGAUUUAGAGGAGAAGCACUGAGUUCUCUUUGUGCUCUUGGAAACUUGACCGUUGAAACGAGAACUGUCAACGAACCGGUCGCCACACACUUGUCAUUUGAUCAUUCCGGCGUUCUUUUGGCUGAAAAGAAAACGGCGCGGCAAAUUGGAACAACUGUCACAGUUAAAAAGUUGUUCUCCAAUCUUCCUGUACGUAGCAAAGAGUUUAAGCGUAACAUACGUAAGGAAUAUGGCAAGUUGGUUUCUCUCUUGAAUGCAUAUGCACUUAUAGCAAAAGGUGUUCGAUUUGGCUGCACUAACACGACUGGCAAAAAUGCAAGGUCUGUGGUACUUAAAACACAAGGCAGUGAUUCUCUAAAAGAUAACAUCAUUACAGUGCUUGGCAUGAACACUUUCAACUGCUUGGAGCCGAUGGCAUUAUGCAUAUCUGAGAGUUGCAAAGUUGAUGGUUUUCUUUCGAAACCAGGACAGGGCAACGGAAGGAAUUUGGGAGAUAGACAGUAUUUUUUUGUCAAUGGUAGACCAGUGGAUAUGCCGAAAGUCAGCAAACUUGUGAAUGAGUUAUAUAGAAGUGCAAACUCUAAACAAUAUCCCAUUGCAAUCUUUAAUUUUACAGUUCCAACGAAAGUGUAUGAUGUCAAUGUAACUCCUGAUAAGAGGAAAAUAUUUUUUUCUGAAGAAACUUCCUUGUUGCAAGCCCUGAGAGAGGGCUUACAACAAAUUUAUUCUCCCAAUGGUGCAUGUUAUGCUGUCAAUGAAUUUAUGCAGCCUGCUGUAAAAGAAGACUGUUUUGAGUUAAGUUCCCCUCAGAAGAAGUCUCCUAUCGUAAAGAAAACAGAAUCCCUGAACGGUGUGAUUCCUCAGGAAGAGCAUUAUACUGAGUACAACAUUGGUAGUAUUUCUCAGGAUGAAAAUAAUAUUAACUGCAAUAACAAUAGUAUAUCUCACGAUAAGAAUAAUGAGACAUGUAUUACUGAUUCCAAAAAUGCUUCUGAAUCUGCUGAUGAUGGUCUAUUCUCACAUGUUGAAGAAGAGUUGAUUCGGGAGAGUGGUGAGGAUUUAAUGGGCCAGGAGUUUACACUCAGAGCGCACAACACUUUAAAGGGUGAUAAAAGUGGAAGACAGCCAACAUGUACUCAUAGUGCAUCAAGGACAUCUGAGAACAGUGGUUCUUCUAAUAAAUAUUCAUCUCAACCACCAAAACAUGUUCAGUUAACUCUUAACAAUUUUGUUGCAGUGAGUAAAAGAAAACGUGAUGACAUCAUUACAGCCUUAUCUGAAGUGCCCGUCCUUAGAAAUCAAGCUUCGCAUUGUCGAUUGAAGACUGCAAAUACUGAAACAGAUGACUUGAUAACAAGAUCAUCACUUCAUUUGAUGGACCAAAUUAAUGAAACUUCUAAGCCGAGUGAGAUUGAAUAUUUGCAGCAACUUGAUCCUGAUAGCAUCACCCACAAGAGUGAAAAUACGGUGUCCUUUAGUGAUGACUCUACUGACAGGGAACCCAACACGAAACUACAUCAAGAGGAUAAAACACAUCUAGCUGAUACGGCAUCAACUACACCAUCUACAAAUGAUCUGAUCAAUACUACAGAGCAUGUUUUGGUCUCAGACUCUCCGAUUCGUUCAUUGCCUGUACGAUUAGAUUCUCCCAAGUCUUCUGGUCAGAAGAUGUUCUCCAACAUGCAAUUUUCUUUUCAAGACCUUAAGAGUAAGAGAGAGAAGAUACUCUCUUUGAUGCAAUCCAGCCAAUACAGAUAUGGAAAAGCUAUUGGCAAAAGGCACUAUAUGGCUGCAACUAUGGAACUUUCACAGCCAGAAAUUGAACAGCAGAAAGAAAGGGUGUUAGCAGCGGCGGCCACCGAACUUGAAAGAUUGUUCAAGAAGGAAGACUUCAGCAGAAUGAAGGUGAUUGGACAAUUCAAUCUUGGAUUUAUCAUUGGUAAAUUGGACCAAGAUUUAUUCAUUGUGGAUCAGCAUGCUGCUGACGAGAAAUACAAUUUUGAGUGUCUCUCCCAAUCAACCAUAUUGAGCCAGCAACCUCUGCUUAGGCCAAUAAGAUUGGAGUUAUCCCCUGAAGAAGAAAUAGUUGCUUCAAUUCACAUGGACAUAAUCAGGAAGAAUGGAUUUACUUUGGAAGAGGAUCAAAAUGCACCACCUGGAUGCCGUUAUAAAUUAAAGUCUGUCCCCUACAGUAAAAACAUUAUGUUUGGAGUUGAAGAUGUUAAGGAGCUGAUCUCUACCCUAUCCGAUGGUGAUGGUCAUGGGGAAUGUUCCAUAAUUGGUAGUUAUAAACAAGAUUCCUUGGAUUCAAUUUGCCCUCCAAGAGUUCGUGCAAUGUUGGCAUCUCGGGCAUGUCGAUCAUCAAUUAUGAUUGGUGAUGCACUUGGAAGAAAUGAAAUGCACAAGAUACUUGAGCAUUUGGCUGAGUUGAAAUCUCCAUGGAAUUGUCCUCAUGGCAGGCCGACCAUGCGCCAUUUAGCUGACUUGACAAAAAUUCACAAGAGGUCAGAAUUAACAAUGCAGAUGUAAUUAAUUAUUGAUCUUUGCUCCAAGUGUCAUUUUUCAUUUUGGAAGUCAAGGGAUCAUGUAAAUUAUUUUGUACAAAUUUCAUGUAUAUUAUUUGUUCUAUAUUUUUAAAUUUAAUUGAUGGGUGUCUUGAGUGGCUUCGCAUAAGCGUGCUUGAUGGACUGGGCUUCUUAUCUGACA